CUCAAGUUCCAAUCCACGUUCUGCCAUUACACAUUUGAUGAGAGCAGCUUUCAGAGGCGACAUCAGCUCCAACAAUACGAUCCGACACGGGAGAACAACGAGCAGCAGAGUGUCUGGGAGAUCUUGGGCUCUUUGACGAGGAGGAAUUUGAUCCGACCUGGUUGCGCCGUUGAGCGCCAGUAUCAUCGAAACAAUGUCGACCAUCAGUCCUCACGUCAAGGCCGUCCGGUCGCUUUAUCGACGCUCAUUGAAGCUCGCUCUUGACUGGGCUGUGCAGAGAAACCUUUGGCGAGGACAAGCAGUCUACAUCCGAUCCCUUUUCGAUGCGAACAAGAAUGUAACAGAACCAAGACGUCAAAGAAUUCUAUUUAACGAGACGGAGAAGUUAUUACAGAAAUGGAAACAUCCAGACCCAUACAGACCACCAACAGCUCCUGGCGGUUCGAAAUACGAGAGAAACUUGCCAGCACCAGACUUACCGCCACCUUCAAGAGAGUUUGUCAAGAGAUUAUGAUUGUCAGGAACAUGCUUUGAGGGUUGCACUGUAUAUAUUAUUCCAGUCUUUAGCUGGUACCGCUAUUGCGCACUAGGCAGGAAUGAAGAAAAGGCUUGCCUGACAACCUUAUUCCCAAUGCUCGCGCUCUCGCUCCGGCUUGAUCGCUCCCUGCUCUCUACCUUUCCAGACGGCGACGAGCAACUUUGAUUACAUGAUUUCUGUUUCUUUACAAUUCUGUUGGACAUUCGACGUUGACCAGAGUGAUGGCAGAAUUUCAUUUGUCUGCGUGGCCGCGGUCGCUUACAUCAUUGUUAGAGGUCUACCAAAACACAGCUUCCAUUGGGACGCGUCAAAAACCACCACUAAGCCAUUGUUUUGAGAACUCGACGCGAGGAAAUGAUCAAACAGGAAAGUUGAAAUAGAAACAGGAGACCAAAUUUUUAGGA